AUGCCCCACUGGGAUUUGUGGCUUCAACUGUACCGUGGCGAGCUCUUCAACGCCCCCGGUGGAAGUGCUGGGGGACCGAUCGAUGUUCGAUCCUCGAGGCCUCUAGUAAAGGAGGAUGAGCUCGAUCGUGACAAGCGGCGAGAGUCCGCAGAAAAGCAGAAGUCCGUAUUGGACUUAAAAAAGAAAAAGGAGAAGAAGAAGAAUCUCGAGCGCCAAGCGCUGCAGACGCGCCGAGCGAAGUCCAGACAGAGGGGGGAGCCUGAGGAAGAGUCCCCCGAUGAGGACGAUGGCAGCGAUGGUGAUGACGACAGCGACGACUCCGAGGGGAUGGCGUCCCGCCUCGAUAGGAUCCUCGAGGGUCCACCUCGGACCGACGUCGACGUCCCGCGAAUGGGAGCCCCAAAGGAGGGACCAAGCGGAUCUCUAGAGAGGCAAUAG